AUGAAAACGUGGGAAUUGGUAUUUGUUGCACUUGUGGUGGUUUUAAACCUGCAACUUCAUGUUCAUGGAGUGCCGCAAGUACCUUGUUAUUUCAUUUUUGGAGACUCAUUAGCGGAUAAUGGCAAUAAUAAUCAACUCAAAUCGUUGGCUAGAUUAAACUACUUGCCAUAUGGGAUCGACUUCCCCGGCGGACCAACUGGAAGGUUUUCCAAUGGGAAAACCACUGUUGAUGUGAUUGCUCAGCUUUUGGGUUUCGAUGAUUAUAUACCUCCCUAUGUAAGUGCAAGUGGCCAAGACAUUUUGAAAGGAGUGAAUUAUGCUUCUGCAGCUGCUGGAAUUAGAGACGAAACUGGGCAGCAACUGGGAGGUAGGAUUAGCUUCAGUGGGCAUGUGAAAAACUACCAAAACACAGUCUCACAAGUGGUAAACUUGCUAGGGAAUGAAGACUCAGCUGCAGAUUAUUUGAGCAAGUGUAUAUAUUCAAUUGGAUUGGGCAGCAAUGACUAUCUUAAUAACUAUUUCAUGCCCAAAAUUUGUACAUAUAUGCCAACUGCAAAUUUUCUCUCUACAACUCAACUUUUAGGGUUCGACAAGCUUAUUCCACCCUUUGCAACUGCUAAUGACUCGGACAUACUUCAAGGUGUGAAUUAUGCAUCUGGUGCAGCAGGAAUUCGCCAAGAAACUGGGAAUCAGUUGUACCAUAAUGGAGCGAGGAAGUUUGCACUAUUUGGAGCGGGAGUAGUAGGCUUCACUCCAAAUUCAAUUUCUUUAUAUGGCACAAAGGGCAAAGCGUGUGUAGAAGAAAUCAACACUGCGGUCACUUUAUUUAACCAGCAACUUAUAUCACUAGUUGAUAAUUUGACAUAUGUUAGAUUGUUAGGACAUAUGUGA